CCAGGUGUCUUCAUUAUGGGUGAUUACCAAAAGCUUGCUGUUAAAAAGUACGCCCGUCUGCCUUCAAGGCAAACAAACGAGUCGAGAUUCUGGAAGAAGUUCAAGUCUCCUGUAUCAAUCAAAGAAUAUGCAGAAGUCUCUUCUAUCAACUUCUCGCCUGUCGCACCAUAUGAUUUUGUCGUUACGUCGUCGACUCGAGUUCAAAUAUACUCUUCGAAAACACAUCAGCCUAAGAAAACGAUAUCUCGAUUCAAGGAUACCGCCUUCAGCGGCACUUUCCGACAUGAUGGAAAGCUUGUAGUUGCUGGUGAUGCUACUGGUUUGGUUCAAGUUUUCGAUGUCAACUCUAGAGCCAUUUUGCGUCAAUUCAACGGUCAUAAGCUUCCUGUUCAUGUUGCCAAGUUUUCAAAUGAUAGCAAGCAUGUUAUUUCAGGAUCGGACGACAAGACGCUGAAAGUGUGGGAUGUGUCAACCUCAGAAGCACUCAAUGUCUUUGAAGAUCACACUGAUUAUAUUCGAGCUGGAUUGGUCAGCGUUGAGAACCCCAACCUUGUUCUUUCCGGUUCCUACGAUCAAACUGUCAAACUGUGGGAUUUGCGAUCAAAUUCAUGUGUUAUGUCAAUGAACCAUGGAGCACCAGUUGAAGAAGUCUUGAUGUAUCCAGGAGGAGGAGCUAUUGUGUCAGCUGGCGGAACCACUGUGAAAGUAUGGGACUUGCUCAGUGGUGGUAGGGCUUUGCAUUUGGUCGCCAACCACCAAAAGACCAUCACCAGCAUGUGCUUCGAUGGAUCUUCAUCCAGAUUGCUCACUGGUUCAUUAGAUCAACACGUUAAAAUCUACAAUGUUAUGGAUUACAAGGUUGUGCACAGUAUCAAAUACCCUGCUCCAGUCAUGAGUGUCGGAAUUUCUUCUACUGAUUCGACGCUCGCUGUCGGUAUGUCCAAUGGCUAUCUUUCCAUUCGACAACGCCAAGCUAAGUCAUCGGAAAUGGCCAUGAAGAAAAUAAGAGACGACUACGUUCAAGGAGGUACCUACAAGUACUUUGUUCGAGGACAAAGCCAUCAGGGUGCCGAGGAUGACUUCAAGAUUGAAUCCAAACGCAAGAAGCGCCUUCAGCCUUACGACCAAUACCUUAAGAAAUUCCAAUAUGGUAAUGCCUUGGAUGAAGUUUUGCGCACACAGCAGUUCCCAAUUGUGGUUGUGUCGUUGCUUCAAGAAUUGAUUCAUCGUGAUGGUUUGAAACUGGCCAUUGCUGGUCGAGAUGAUAUUUCUUUGGAGCCUAUUGUUCGAUUUGUCGUGAAGCACAUUAACUACCCAAGAUAUGUUAAUCUUCUGAUUGACGUUGCUAAUGCUAUCAUUGAUAUGUACUCUUCUGCACUUGGACAGUCACCACUUAUUGAUGAUUUGAUCGGCCGCCUGCGUGACAAGGUGAAGAUGGAGAUUGCGUUCCAAAAGGACUUGAUGCAAACGUUAGCUUCCAUGGAUAUGCUGUUUGCCAGAUCUGCAGUUGGCGACAACCGCACCAUGGCAGUGGAAAAUGCAACCACCCCUGUCUCUGUAUAAGUCAAUAGACUCCUGAUCGUAUUGCUCUAAUCAUCAGCAAUUGUAUAUUAUUCUUGUUUCGAUCCCACUUUUUCCUUUAAAAAGUUUAAACAACCUUUUAUGUUGCAUUUCAAUCUUGCAUUCUGUGCCUUUACCUCGUAAGCAUUUAGACCUGUUAUUAAACUUUUUCGGCAAAUUCCCCUCAUUUCAACUCUGGUAUAGCUAAUGAUAUGUGAAGAAUCAACCGUUACUU